UAUAAAUACUCGCACAUGUGUCAGAAAAGACUGAAGGUUUAAAUAAUUUGAAUUAAUUUUCAGGGGAAAAAUGGAAAGAAAUAGAAGGAAACGACCAUUGCCUGUCAGGCUCAAUAGCGAAGAACAGCAAAACCUGGCUUGGAGUAUGACAGAUUUGAUGCAAAACAAUGAAUUUGCAAUGCCAAGCACUUCGUUUCAAGCGCCAAGUUCAUCGAGUCUGGAACAUUUUACAGAUGAAAUCAAAGUAAAGCAUAUACCAAAGAAAAGGCAAAGAUUUGUGGCUAAAAGGRAAUCGAACUGUAAUGAAAUUGUUGAAUUAAAGUUACAAAGCAUUAYGCCUGAAUGUUGGCACUGCCAUAUUGGAUCCUUUACGGUACACUUACAGGAUUUACAAGAUGGCCACUCUCCAAGUACCUUGGUUUCAGAUGGUAACAAAGCCWUUCCUAUACCCUGUGCAAAUAGGGCUGAGGUCAAAGUCACUCUAGACAUGGAAAGUAUCAUUGAUAAUGAAGUGGGYAAUGAUUUUAUAACACAUGGGAGCACCUCAGCAGAAGGUUGCYUUCCCAAUUCUCUAAAAACAUUAUCAUUGAAAAGUUUCACAAGUGUCCCCUCUGAUACUCUCUUGACUCUUGAAAACCUACAGAAGAAAGGGCUAGUGUCAUUUGUAAUAAAUCCAAAGAUGUCAGUUUUUGAUGAUAGCUGGGACAUCAAAGUAUGUCUCUGUGAGAAAGCCUUGUCGAAAAUGAAGUUUGCCAGUGAAGAUGUUAUGAUCAGAAGCAACRACAAAUUGAUACARAACUUAAUGGARUUCUUUUUCAAAGGUAUAUCUGAURAAAGGAAUGAGAGAUUCRCAUACUGGAGUAAAGAAACAGAGUUUACCACUCUUUAUGAAACUGUAAUGAGACRAAGAGAAGAAAAGGGAAAAAUGAAAAGUGAAAAAAUAAAGACUUUUGUUGCUGGGAACAAAACUGGUGAUGAAUUUUGCAAACCUGGUAAAGCUUGUACCUCUGAAAUGAAGAUGAAUGGCCAAAUACCAACAAGGAUUCAUGAAGAUUUUGAAGCAAAUUUCACUAAUUAUAAUGAAGGAAAUGUUUAUUGCAAAUACAAUAAUAAAAUUUUGGAUAGUGAAAUACAAUGUGAGCAAAAAGCCAUCAUUACGGAAGAGGAGCAUGUACUACCAUCAAUGGAAGUACAACCARCAUGUUAUGAACAUGAGGUUACAGGGUUUAUAAAUUCAAAGCUGUUGUGUGACUUUCAACAUGAGCAUUUAAAUCCAACAUUAAGGCAGUAUCAGAGAARAGCUGUACAGUGGAUGAUAGGCAAGGAGAAUAAAAGUAUUUCAAGGAAGACUGUUGAAGAAAAUGAUCUUCAUGUUCUCUGGAGAAGUUGUGUGACACUGGACAAUAAAGUGAUCUUCUUCAACCCAUACAAUGGAAGGCUAACCACUGAACAUUUCAAUUCUCCUGCACUACCCCCUGGAGGGAUUCUUGCUGAUGAAAUGGGCCUGGGGAAGACUGUAGAAGUCUUAGCAUGUAUCUUGAAUAAUCCCAUGCCUGGUUGUGAGAUGCCAAAGAGUGGCGAGGAUGAAAAGACUGUCGCUGAGUCUAAGGUCGUUCCUGUAUCGAGAUUAGAGCAAGCACUGGAAUCUAAGUCAAAAAUGCCUUCAAGAGGGAACUUAUUUAAUCCAUCUGACUUAUCUGAAAGAAUUUCUACGAAAGCAGAAACACUGUCCAAGGCGUGUGAACAAAUUUUACCCCCUUUAAUGUCAUCAUGCUCAUAUGCAUCAUGCACACCAGAAUUACCUUCUACAUCAGUAUCUUCAGUAUCUCCAUGUAUAUCAGCAGGACCAUCAGUUGCAGCAGCUCCACCAUCUGUUAUGUCAUCCAAGCUCCCUGAAACAACACCUGCAUCAAUGGUACCAUCAGAUACGACAUCAAUAUUACCUGCUACACCAUUUACACAGUUAGUACUUUCAUCCCAAGAAUCAAUGGCACCAUCAAUAUUUCCUUCCACAACAACAACAACAGCAUCUACGCAGUCAGUGCUUUCAUCCCAAGAGUCAGUACCUUCUACAUCAAUGGCACCAUCAGAUACGACAAUAUUACCUUUCACACCAUCAGCAACACCAUCAGCAACACAAUCUACAGAGUUAGUACUUUCGUCUCAAGAGCCAAUACCUUCUACAUCAAUAACACCAUCAGAUACGAAAUCAAUAUUACCUUCCACACUAUCAGCAACACCAUCAGCAACACAAUCUACAGAGUUAGUACUUUCGUCUCAAGAGCCAAUACCUUCUACAUCAAUAACACCAUCAGAUACAAAAUCAAUGUUACCUUCUACACAGUCAGCAACAACACCUGUACAACUGGCAACUUCAUCUACAACAUUACAUCCUGCAUCACUAAUGGCAUCAUCUACAACAUCAACACUACCUUCAAUACUUUCAACAACACCAAGUGUAGCAUUAUCUUCAUCAACAGUGUCAUCAAAUCUACCUAGCACAUCACAAAGAGUACCUUCCCUACUACAGUCUUCGACAUCAGAAGUCCAAUCUAUAUCAUCAGUACAGUCAUAUUACGCAUCACCCACUUCGUCUGUAUGCCCAACCAAGCCAGCGCAUAAUCUCUCAUCAUCAGGAGCACAUUCAAAGCAGUACUAUGGAACAGAAGCAUUUGAAGGAAAAUCCGGAAAUAAGGAGCCAUUAGAGGUUGACAAUGAGCUAGUACCUAAACAAUUUACAGAGGGGAAUCAUCCUUUAAAGAAUUCUGAAAACUCUACAAAUGCAUGUGCAAAUGUUGACAAAAAUGGACUGUCACCGAGCCUUAGCUUUGAACCUUUUGAACCUGUUUUGAAUACCAAUAAUGAUAACGCGGCCAAGACAGCAUCGAGUACAAAGAACAAUCGCCUAAUAUCAGCUGUUGGUACUGAUUCUCCUCCAGCAAUACUCCCUGUCAAGUGCAUUUGUGGUAGUACUCGAUCGAGUGUUGAUGAUGUUCUGUUAAAGUGCACUGAAUGUUCAGCUGUGUCUCAUGCUAGUUGUCUGGGUCAUAGUGUCCCAUAUCAGCAAACAGAAGCCUUUUUGUGCCCCAAUUGUGCUGUCAACAGGCCUCCCAUCCAUUCCCGUGCUACACUUAUUAUAUCACCAGCAACCAUUGCUUAUCAAUGGGUUGAAGAGAUCACAAGACAUACCACACCAUCAGCACUGCGGGUAUUGGUUUACGAAGGAGUUGCCAAGCAAGGUUUCGUGCAACCUGAGAUGCUUGCUGACCAUGAUGUUAUAUUAACAACCUAUGCGACGUUACGCGCUGACUUUAACCACUUGGGAACGCAGCAAGGCAGGUCAUUGAGAUAUCAGAAAAGAUACAUGGCUCUGCCAAGUCCACUGACAGCCAUCAAGUUUUGGAGGAUUUGUCUAGAUGAAGCUCAGAUGGUGGAGAGUACGACUGCAAAGGCAGCUGAGAUGGCGUUACGUUUAGACUGCGUCAAUCGAUGGUGCGUUACCGGAACACCAAUUCAGAAAGGAUUGGAAGAUCUUUACGGUCUUCUUCUGUUCCUUGGAGUGUUUCCAUACUGUCAAAAAAUAUGGUGGAAUAGGCUCUUGUACGAGCCGUACCUAAGAGGAAACAAGGAACCAAUGUUUGACGCCCUUGCGGACAUCCUGUGGAGAACCGCAAAGAAAAACGUGCUUGACGAAAUUCAUUUACCAAGCCAGACAGAAAUUGUUGUUCGCCUAAACUUCACGCCUGUUGAGGAACACUUUUACCGCAGACAGCAUGAGGAAUGCUCUGCUUCAAUACAUGUGAUGCUGAAACGCUUCGGGUCUCAAGACGUUAAGCUAAACAGUUUAGAUAGGAAUACAGUUCACAGGAUGCUGAUCCCGUUGCUAAGGUUAAGACAAGCCUGUUGCCAUCCACAAGUGGUCAGAGGAGGUUUUUUAUCCAUGCAGAAAAGUACUAUGACAAUGGAUCAGCUCCUAGAGGUUCUUAUAACAAGAGCCAAGCUUGAAUGUGAAGAGGCACACAGACAACUCCUUUUCGCCAUUAAUGGUUUGGCUGGAAUACAUGCCAUCAAAGAAGAGUGGCCUGAAGCAGUGGAACUAUAUCGCGCGUCAAUGCGAUCGUGGAUGGAACAUGAAGACAAGUUCAGAACAGAUGCUUUACAGAAACUGCAUACACUGCACAACCUGUCAGACCUGCUGUCAGCCGGGCACCCAGGAUGUUCUCAUACCCUGAGGGAUGACAAGUUGAAAGAUGAGGCUGAAGAACUGGUGAAGCAGUACAUGACAAAACCAAACACUCAAGUUCAGGCUGCGCUAGACCACCUGGCAGUUGCUCAAACGAAUAUCGAAGAGUUAUUGAAAAAGGUUCAGUUCCAGACUCCCUGGUGGCUACUUGCGGCAGACAGUGUGCAUUCCAGUGGUCUGGGACAUGAGUUGAUUAAUCGGGUGAAAGAGGAACUAUCGGCAGUGUCUACAGAUCAUAGCAGCAUCCUCAACAGUUUUACUGACAUUCAUGGUCUAGGAUUCACAGUGACUACAAAGCUAGACGUAGUUGAGUCAACGCACAGCACUUUGGUGCAGGCCCUUGAUCAACUUCGUUCAUAUCCUACGCCUGAGAUGGUUCAUGCUACUGCUGUCUGUUGUUUGAGAUCAAGACCACACAGAACUAGUCAAGCAACAAGGUGCAAGUUCUGCGAGGUAGAUGAUAUCUUUACGGAAUACGAGUCAAGAUUAUUCGGUCAUCAGGGAAUGAAAGGCAUCAUUGAAGAGGAUGACGCAAGCAAUAUUGACUGGCAUCGUCAUGGCAACACAGGUGGUCUUCGGGCGGAAACGGAAGCAGAGAAAGUACUCAAGACACUUUUUGCUUUUAUCAAAUCUCAUCGUCUCGUCCCUUCUGUUCACCAAAAUGCUCGCAAUCAUCUGACAUUCAUGGAAGCACGAAGGAAGGAAUUUAAAUUUCUUCGUAGUGUCUGGUUCGCGUCACGAGAGAGGGUGUCUUCUCUAGAUGAGUUAGAAAUGUGUACAACAAAACUACGCUUAGCUUUACCAGGAGAAACUGUGAACGAGGAUGAAAAGCAUGUUAUUCAGCAAGGAGAGGUUGAACAGCAGAAACUGAAGUUCAUAUCAGACCGUGUUAUUGCUCGCACUGAGCUGAGAAAGAAGCUUGGGCAGUAUCUUUACCUGACUAACCUUGCGAAGAGCCAGAAGUUCAACAAAGGCGAAAACCCCGAUUCAUGCCCCGUCUGCACGAAAAACCUAGGGAAAGAGUGGAGUGUUUUUUCAUGUGGUCAUUGCUACUGCUGUCAAUGUGUCUGGGUGCUCUUACGUCAAGCAGGAAUUGGUCCCAGAAACAGGGAUGUCAAUAUCAAGUGCCCUAUUUGUCGUUUUCCGACUUUAGCUCGUGAGAUAUCUUACGUAUGCACAGGGAAAGAGAAUAACCAUGCUGACAAGAAUGUUCUUGUCAAGGGAAGCCAUUCGACCAAGGUAGAAGCCGUCGUCCGUGCACUUCUAAAGAUUAAAGCUGAGGAUGGAACAGCCAAGUGUCUCGUUUUUUCCACAUGGCAAGAUGUUCUAGAACUCAUCGGAAAAGCACUUCAAGAGAAUGACAUCAAUUUUCGACACAUUACAUGUGGUGGAAAACGCUUUCAGACCGAUCUGCAUGUGUUCAAAGAAGAUCCCGAUGUUCCUGUUUUGUUGCUUCCCUUGCAAUCCGGUUCAAAUGGGCUCAAUAUUAUCGAAGCAACUCAUGUGCUGUUGGUGGAACCUGCUUUGAACCCUGCACACGAGCUGCAAGCAGUGGGACGGGUCCAUCGUAUUGGACAGACUAGGCCCACUUUCGUCCAUCGUUUCAUUAUUAACAAUACCGUGGAAUCCAGAAUGCACUCACUACUGAAUGGCAAGUCCAGGGAUGUAAGGACAGGAAGUAAGGACACAGAAAACUCAGCACUGACAUUAGCAGGCUUGACUUUGUUAUUCAAAGAAGGAAACGAUUCCAACCAAAUAGAGGUUGAUUCAGAUGGGCAAGAAGAUAUCGAGAUGAUCACGUGAUCUGGUUAUCACAAGACUGGUAUUGUGCAUGAUGUUAGCUAGAUAUACUGUGAAAGUUAACCAAUUGUCACAUGAAUUCUCAUUAUUAUUUAUUCAUUGCUAUUGAUAAAACAGUUAUAUAUCGUAGCUUUUUCUUUGAGAUUUUCAAAUGCGAAAGUCACUCAUGAUUGUGAYACGACUGGUAUUGUUGCAGUAUGCCAUAUUGGGUUUAUAUCAGAGCCUUGGGAAUAGGGAUCAUGACAGAUUGUCAUACGACUGCCUUAUUUAUUUAUUGUUAAUGUUAAAGUAGUAAAAGUUCUUCCUGUUUCAGUUUUCGAUAUA